AUGCCAAAGACUUUGACGAAGACUUUCGUACCUGUAUUUCUGUCCGGUAUGACGUCGCUUUCGUGUCGGCAUAGCGUGCCCCAGUUGCCACAGUUGCUAGGCUGUUCAGAGUCCUCUCGGACCCCGGCUAGGCAUCCUCCCGGUAAUGCCAGGGGCUGCUUCAAGAAACGGGUGAUGUGGGUUCCAAUCAUUCUUGGUUUGGUUCCUCGGCACCAAGCCAAUCCCAUUCCUUUCCGCUGGUGA